GGAUGAAUAAACCAUUCACAGUCAACUGUCAGCUGUCAUCAGAUGCAUAUUUGUGCAUAUCGUGGUUUUCUGCUGUUGGUUUAUUUUAUAAAAGCUAUGUUUAUACGCUUAGAAUUCAUUAAAAUAAUAAUUCUCUAAAUGUGCUAAUGUACACUGGAUAUAUUCAAACUAUAAGGAAAAAAGAUAUUUGAUAUCCAUAGCUUCUCUUAUAUUUGAAUAUUAGCAGAGGCUAUUAGCAGUUUCAGGAGUUUUGUCCCUGCUGUUUGUUUGGUGGUUUCAUCAAAAUGUCCAAAUUUUAUUCUGGGCGAGAUCGCGACAGAGAACGUGAUCGUGAACGGGACCGAGAAAGGGAACGUGACCGCGAUCGUGAAAAGGAAAGGGAGAGAGAAAAGCGGCGUUAUUCCAGAAGCCGCUCAAGAUCACCAAAGGAAAGCAAAUCAUUCCGAAAUGACAAUGGUAACAAUAGAGGACGUGAUGAUCGCAAAAAAGACAGAGAACGGGAGCAACGAGAAAUUGACCGUAACAGGCGUGAUGAUAAACGGCGAAAGCGUUCCAGAUCUAAAUCUAUACCUAAGGAUUAUGAUCGUGACAAAUCAAGAUUCCUAGAUCGUGAAAGAGAGAAAGAAAGAGAACGUGAGCGAGAACGAGAGCGUGAACAAAGAGAGCGGGAUAGAGAACGCGAAAGAGACAGAGACCGAGGUCGGGAGCGUGAACGUGAGCGUGAACGAGAUCGGGAACGGGAUCGCGACCGUGAAAAGGAGAGAGAACAGGAACGUGAAAUGGAUGUUGAUAGUAGGCGUGCCCCAGUUCCACCUAUUGUAAAAACUGUAACCGAAGAAUCAAGCAGUUCUUCAGAAGAAGAACUAGACAAAGAAGAAGAGCAGCGUCGCCUCGAACAGGAAAUGAUAAAACGGCGGGAGCGUAUUGAACGCUGGCGCGCCGAACGUAAACUUAAAGAGUUGGAAGGAAGUAAAAAAGAUUUAAAAAAUUUGCAACUGCAAAUUCCAAUUAUCAGUUCAAAGAAAUGGAGUUUGGAAGAUGAAUCUGAAGAGGAAGAUAAUAAUCAAACAGCUCCUACAAAUGAUAUUAAAAAGGAGCCUGAUUCACCCCCACCAAAAUUCCAGCGUUUAAAAAAGCUAAAUGAUGAUGAGGAUGAAAAUGAUGAGAAACCAAAACUAAAAAAGUUAUCCAAACUUGAUAAUGAUGAUGAUAAUGAAACUGAGAAAGUUACCAAAACUGAUAUAGAGGAAGAGGAUGAUAUUGAUCCAUUGGAUGCUUACAUGCAAGAGGUUGAUAAGGAAGUACGCAAUGUCAAUCACAUCGUAACACAGCCGAAAAAACAACAGGGUGUCGUUAUACUCACAGGUGUAGCCAAAAAGAGUACAGAAAAGACAAAUAAAGGAGAGCUAAUUGAACAAAAUAUGGACAGUCUUGAAUAUUCCAGUGAAGAAGAAUUGGAGGACAUUAAAGACACUGCCGCAAAUUUGGCCAAUAAACAUCGAAAAGAAUUGGCUAAAAUUGAUCACUCUGGUGUGAAUUAUGCGUCGUUCCGUAAGAAUUUUUAUGUUGAAGUACCCGAGUUGGCGCGCAUGACGCAUCAGGAAGUGGAUAAAUAUCGCACCGAUCUAGAAGGCAUACAAGUUAAAGGCAAAGGUUGUCCAAAACCAAUUAAGGCUUGGGCGCAGUGUGGUGUGAGCAAGAAAGAAAUGGACAUAUUACGAAAACUCGGCUUUGAGAAACCAACUCCAAUCCAGUGUCAGGCGAUUCCGGCCAUUAUGUCUGGACGAGAUUUGAUAGGUAUUGCUAAAACUGGCAGUGGCAAAACGCUCGCAUUUAUUUUACCAAUGUUUAGGCACAUACUGGAUCAGCCGCCAUUAGAGGAUGGUGACGGUGCUAUCGCUAUAAUCAUGGCGCCAACGCGUGAACUGUGCAUGCAAAUUGGCAAGGAUAUUCGAAAAUUUUCGAAAAGUAUCGGUCUACGUCCUGUCUGCGUUUACGGUGGCACGGGCAUUUCGGAGCAAAUAGCGGAAUUGAAGCGUGGCGCUGAAAUAAUUGUUUGCACACCCGGACGCAUGAUCGAUAUGCUGGCUGCCAACUCUGGACGCGUCACGAAUUUACGUCGGGUCACUUACAUUGUGCUAGAUGAAGCUGAUCGUAUGUUCGAUAUGGGCUUUGAGCCACAAGUGAUGCGUAUUAUCGACAAUGUGCGACCAGAUCGACAAACGGUUAUGUUUAGCGCAACUUUUCCGCGACAAAUGGAAGCACUCGCCCGCCGUAUACUGAAGAAGCCUAUAGAGGUAAUUGUUGGCGGACGUUCUGUGGUAUGUAAAGAUGUCGAGCAAAAUGUAGCAAUAUUGGAGGAUGAAGCGAAGUUCUUUAAAUUGCUUGAGCUCCUCGGUGUUUAUCAGGAACAAGGCAGCAUAAUUGUUUUCGUAGAUAAACAAGAGAAUGCAGAUAUUUUGCUCAGAGAUCUUAUGAGGGCUUCGUAUCCAUGUAUGAGCUUACAUGGAGGCAUCGACCAGUUCGAUCGCGAUUCCACCAUUUUGGACUUCAAAUCAGGCAAGGUACGCUUGUUGAUUGCGACUUCCGUGGCUGCUCGUGGCUUAGAUGUCAAAGAUUUAAUAUUGGUGGUAAAUUAUGAUGUACCAAAUCACUAUGAAGACUAUGUUCAUAGGUGUGGUCGUACGGGACGUGCUGGGAAGAAAGGUACCGCAUGGACUUUUCUCACAGCAGAGCAAGCCCGCUAUGCUGGCGAUAUCAUACGUGCACUUGAACUAUCUGAGGCGAAAGUUCCUGAAGAUCUACAAAAACUUUGGACUGAUUAUAAAACGGGACAAGAGGCCGAAGGCAAAAAGAUACAUACCGGUGGUGGCUUUAGUGGCAAAGGUUUCAAGUUCGAUGAACAAGAAGCAAAUGCUGCAAAGGAAAAUAAAAAAUUACAGAAAGCGGCACUUGGCUUGGCGGACUCCGAUGACGAGGAAGAUAUUGAACAAGAUAUUGAUCAACAAAUUGAGCAAAUAUUUGCAGCGAAGCGUACAGUGAAAGAUACAUCUGUACCGGUACCAACUGCCGCCACAACGGUUACAGCAACAGGCACAACUGCUGCACCAACUGUGACUAGUGUACCAGUUGCGGCUUCCGGAUCAGAUAAAUUAGAACUGGCGAAACGCCUUGCGUCGAAAAUAAGUACUACAAAGAACUUAACCGCAGAUGGUAAAGUGAAUCCACAAGUUUCUGCUGAAACUAUACUGAAAGGUGGCAAUGCAGCUCAACCUAUGAUAACAGCUCGUUCGGUGGUUGAACAACUAGCUGCAAAACUGAAUAAUAAAUUGAACUAUCAGCCUAAAGACGAUGAAGAUGGCGCAAAUCCUUUGUUGCCCAAUCAGCCGAAUUCGUUUACAAAAUAUGAAGAGGAGUUGGAAAUUAACGAUUUCCCCCAACAAGCUCGUUGGAAAGUAACAUCCAAAGAAGCGUUGGCUCAAAUAUCAGAAUACUCUGAAGCUGGUCUAACCGUGAGGGGCACUUAUGUUCCGCCGGGUAAAAAUCCACCUGAAGGUGAGCGCAAAUUAUACUUGGCUAUUGAGAGCUGUAGUGAACUGUCUGUACAGAAGGCAAAACGCGAAAUUACACGACUUAUCAAGGAGGAACUUUUGAAAUUGAGUUCUGCUCAUCACGUUUUCAAUAAAGGCAGAUAUAAGGUGCUCUAGUCGGUCAUAUCAUAAGGAAACAUAUAUAAUAAAGUGUACGAAAGGUGUACAAAUUUUAUGGAAGCAUAAUAUUAUUAAUUAAUAUGUAUGUAAUAAAAAUAUGCCAGUAUAA